AGAAAAGUGCUAUUUAAGAACCUGUCUAUUUAUCAUUUGCAUGUGAGGUGAUCUGCUCAGAUAUCCAGAGUUAUUAUUUAUAUUAUGUAAUAUUAUUCUAUUCAGCCCUUCUCUGCUUAUAAAAUUUAAAAAACAACAACAACUUUGCAAAAGUGGGAGAAGAAACACAUCUGCACACAGCUGAUUUCCUUGUGCUUUUCUUAGACAUUUGUGCUCCUGCUCAGACAAACAGAUUCAGCACUGAGUCUGCUGUCACUAAACUGUAAUGCUUGCAUCAAAGCACCACUGCUACAUGAGAAUAUCACCAAUCUGUGCAAUGUAAAGCAGACAAACUGAAGUCACGUAACCUCUCACUAUGUCAACUUUUCCCUGCUUGUGCUGAUCCAAAAAUAAUGUCAGCUGUUUUGGAAAGGGGGAGGUUCCUUGCUCCUGAGCUACAGCAGGAACCAGUCACUGUGAGUUUUCAAGGUCAAUGACAUCAAACGUUUAAACAAGCGCUUCCAGCUGUGGCGAAGAGGGGUUAAAAGGUCAUUUUAAAACGUGUUUUCCUAUCAGAAUAUACAGCCAAUAAAAAUAUUUCAGUGGAAUGUACUAUAAAUUCACACAGGUUGCAUGCAGUAUUUUUAAAUUAACUGCUUAACUAAAUCAAGCAAAAUUACCUAGAAGAUUGUUUUCAGAACAUUUGGGGGUUUUUUGCAUUACAAAUAGGUGUCACCCAAGGUGGCAUCCUCAUGUAUCUUGUUUUGAUUUCCUUCCACAUUAAAACAGACUGAAGGUUGAAAUCCUUUCAUCUGGCCGGGAGCCAGAUUAGGUAUUAAUAUACUGUAAAAAUCUCUGCUGAUCAAUUAAUUGAUCAUUUUGCCUCAAACCCCACAAAGGAGGUGCACAAAAUACAAGGUCACAAAAGCCUCGCUGUACUAUAGCAAAGCAUGAUGCAGGAUUUUAAAAGUGACUUUAAUUUGACUUGGAGACACUGUUGCUGUAGCUUUGAUAUUUUAGUUAUAAAUAACUGUCCCGUGACCGUCUGUAACGUUAUCUGCAUAACUUGACUAGGUAUGAAGGAAAUGGCCCUAAUCAAGACAGCAUGGUGUGUGAGAGGAAACAGUGUGCUAGCGGAGACAGAACAGGUACAACAGCAUUGAGCAGGGUUACCUUUACAGGGCAGCACUGUGGGUAUCCGGGUGAGUGUAACCGUCACCAUGCCUUUCACUGAGACGUUCAAGAGCACUGCGUUAGUUAAAGCUUGAUGAGGAAGGUAUUUCCAUGAACGAAAUCACGACUUUAUGAAAAUCAAGGGUUGUAUUUUCAAAUAAACGUGUGUCUUGUGUGUUUAAACUUAUGCUAUGUUGAAAAAAGGACUUGAACACACUUACCAUGCUAAUCUGUCGCUCCAUUGCUCCAUGUGAUCGCAAACUGUUUUUAAUUUUCUUCCGGGGUUGGUGGGUAUGACAUCAUAAAGACUCGCAAGGGGAAAGGAGCGUGCGUAUCUAUCGCAACGGCCUAUGAGGACGUCUUCUUAGACACCUUUAACCUGGAGAUUGAUCUGAAGCCAACUGUAAAGAUUAGUCGCCACAACAUCCCUCCCUUUAUUCCCCUAAACAACCUUGCUGAGCAGAACAACAUGCAGACAGACCUGAGGGUGUUUCUGGACACCCUCAGCAAACAUCUCAACGCCUUUGCUGGUCGCAAGCAGCAGCUGAAGCUUGUUAAGGAGAAACAUAAGUCGGUUGAGGUGAUGGAGAGUAAUGUUUUAUGUUCACUACUGGUGCUGUUAUUCACUGUGCCGAGAGAAAAGACAGCUGUGCUCUGCACACUGGACUACACGGACCACACCAGAUGUCUCCCCACACGAGUCCAUCUGGAAAGUGAAG